CCAUCUUUUCCCAACCGGCUUCGCGUGAGGAGCACGCGCCUGGGUUUUUUUUCGGUUUCUAAAUCGGUAAAAUUACCGACACCGUUUACAGACAUUCCGGUUUGGCGGACACCGGGGAGCAGUUAGGUGAGGUGUUGAGCUCCUCUCUGCUACACUGCGCUCUCUCGUCAUCCUGUGGUCUACAGAAACGCCACCAUGGCUGACAAGAACACUCGAAUUGCUAUCGUCAAUCACGACAAGUGUAAGCCCAAGAAAUGCCGACAGGAGUGUAAGAAAAGCUGCCCUGUGGUGAGGAUGGGUAAGCUGUGUAUUGAGGUGACUCCGCAGAGCAAGAUUGUGUGGAUCUCUGAGUCUCUGUGUAUAGGCUGCGGUAUCUGCAUCAAGAAAUGUCCUUUUGGUGCCUUGUCUAUCGUGAACCUGCCCAGCAACCUGGAGAAGGAGACCACACACAGAUACUGUGCAAACUCUUUUAAACUGCACAGGUUGCCCAUUCCACGUCCCGGAGAAGUGUUGGGGUUGGUGGGCACCAACGGUAUCGGGAAAUCCACCGCUCUCAAAAUCCUGGCAGGGAAACAGAAACCCAACCUGGGCAAAUAUGAUACUCCCCCAGACUGGCAGGAGAUUCUGGCCUAUUUCAGAGGCUCUGAGCUGCAAAACUAUUUCACCAAGAUCCUGGAGGAUGACCUUAAGGCCAUCGUUAAACCACAAUACGUCGAUCAGAUUCCCAAAACCGUCAAGGGCUCAGUUGGUUCCAUCCUGAGCAGAAAAGAUGACACGAAGACAGAGCAGAUAGUGUGUGGGCAGCUAGAUCUGCUGCACCUGCGGGACCGCAACGUUGAGGACCUAUCGGGAGGGGAGCUGCAGAGAUUUGCCUGCGCCGUCGUCUGCAUCCAGAGAGCAGACAUCUUUAUGUUUGAUGAGCCGUCCAGUUAUCUUGACGUGAAGCAAAGGCUGAGAGCUGCCAUCACCAUCCGAUCCCUCAUCUCACCAGACAGGUACAUCAUCGUGGUUGAGCACGAUCUGAGUGUGCUGGAUUAUCUGUCUGACUUUAUCUGUUGUCUGUACGGAGUGCCCAGUGCAUACGGCGUCGUCACCAUGCCCUUCAGCGUCCGAGAAGGUAUCAACAUCUUCCUGGACGGCUACGUCCCGACCGAGAACCUGCGUUUCCGCGAGAGCUCUCUGGUGUUCAAAGUAGCGGAGACGGCGGCAGAAGAGGAGGUGAAGAAGAUGUGCCGCUACCAGUACCCCAACAUGACCAAGAGCAUGGGUGACUUCUUCCUUCGCAUCACUGAGGGAGAGUUCACCGACUCUGAGAUCAUGGUCAUGCUGGGAGAGAACGGAACUGGAAAAACCACGUUCAUCAGGCUGUUAGCUGGAGGUCUAAAACCUGAUGGAGGAGGUGAUGUGCCCAUUCUGAACGUGAGCUACAAACCUCAGAAGAUCAGCCCCAAGUUCAAGGGCAGCGUUCGUGCUUUGCUACAUGAUAAGAUCAGAGACGCGUAUACGCACCCUCAGUUUGUCACCGAUGUCAUGAAGCCCAUGCAGAUCGAGAGCAUCAUUGACCAAGACGUCCAGAAUCUGUCCGGUGGCGAGUUGCAGCGCGUGGCGUUGGCUCUGUGUUUGGGAAAGCCGGCCGACGUGUACCUGAUCGACGAGCCGUCUGCCUACCUGGACUCUGAGCAGCGUCUCAUGGCUGCCAGAGUCAUCAAACGAUUCAUCCUUCAUGCGAAGAAAACGGCGUUCGUGGUGGAGCACGACUUCAUCAUGGCUACGUACCUGGCAGACCGAGUCAUUGUGUUUGACGGAAUUCCCUCCAGAGACACCACCGCUAACACGCCGCAGACUCUGUUGGCCGGCAUGAACAAGUUCCUGGGUCAGCUGGAGAUCACCUUCAGGAGAGAUCCGAACAACUUCAGACCAAGGAUCAACAAACUCAACUCCAUUAAGGAUGUGGAUCAAAAGAAAACUGGCAACUACUUUUUCCUGGAUGACUGAAGUCGUUUCCAGAAUUAAAGUGAAGAUUCCCAAGUCGGUCCCUUUCUACCGGGCCCCGACUCUCCCAGCAUCAUCCAGGAGGAAACACCGGGACACACUGGUUUACUCUAUUAGAACCACCAUGAACAUCAUUUCCUCCUCCUCUUCAUCACUACUGCUCUCCAGCUCCCUGCUGUGACCACGGUGAGGUGCUGAUUGGGUGAAACCCUCUGAUUCGACUCGCAGUGGGCACAGAGAGCAGAGUGAUGCAGACGAGGAGGAAGGACGCCAAUCAUUGAUACUCAAAACCUAAGUUUCAGGGUCCCACUGCUUUAAAGAAGAGAAAAUACUCGACACGUGUAUAUUUUGAUUAAAAUGUUUUAAUCAUUGUACCAUGAAACAUCUUAUUAAAAAAAUAAUGUCAA